AACGAACGCAGAUCUCGCGCUCGGUGGACUCGGACGCCGUCACUGCACCACCUAGGACCCGUCUUGUUACCGAAGACGACACAUUCGAAGACCUGCGUAAGACGUGGACGGACCCGCGCGAGUGUGUUCGACGACCGUGAAAGUGACGACCAACCCUAGAUCGAACAUUAUACCGGACGAGACGGCGUGCCAACCAUGGCGUUGUGCGCCUUUGAGAAAGGCAAGAAGGUGUCUCCGUUGAGCGAGAACUGGCUGGUACCGUCCAUUAUGGACGUGUACGAUGGUCAGAGCAUCAUCGUUGCACAGCAGGAGAAGUUUCGACUGGGAAACUACCUUGGGUCUGGCAUCGCUGGUGUUGUGUACGAAGCCACGGACAUGCAACACCACCGUCCCGUGGCCGUGAAAAUUCUGAAUCCUGUCGGGUACAAACUGUUUUUCCCGCAAGCGUUGGCGCGAUGUGAAGUCAUUCGGGCUGGGGCUGCGUUUGACACGUCACUCUCCUCUACCGCCGUCGAGAAAGGCCAUGUUUGGUGGCUGCUUCAUCCCAAUCAACACGAAUUGAUUCCGUGCUACAAGGACGUCCACACAGGUACGAUCAAGGAAAUGACACUGGACAUGUGUGCGUCGCUGUGGCCGUUGGACGCGAACAACGGCGACGACGACCCUCUGGAGACCGACGUCGACAUGACAGCUCCCGACGAUGUGAUCGUCACAGCGUCCAAGACAUGGCACGUUCCCCAUGUGCCCAAGAAGUACGCGACGUUUCUCCAGAAUCGCAGGACCAUCUAUCGGGAAAUCGCGCACAUGCAUCGGCUCACCGGCAACACCGUCGACAGCGGGUGUGUUGGGAACACUGGCCACGACAAUGUGUUGAAGCUGUUUGACGUGCUCGAGUUUGUGCAGCCGUCGAAAACAACCAUCUUCCUCGUGCUGGAGCUCGCGUCCGGGGGCGAGUUCUUUGACCGCAUCAAGUUCGACGGCGGCUUGGCCGAUGCCGACGCGCGCAUGUACUUUAAGCAACUCGUGGCGGGGGUGCAGUAUUGCCAUCGUUUGGGCAUUGUGCAUCGAGACCUGAAGCCAGAGAAUUUGCUGCUCGGGGACGGCGACGUGCUGAAAAUCGCCGACUUUGGGCUGAGUGCGCACUGCAUCGCCGCCGCCGUGGGGCACUCGUCGUCGGUCGAGUCCACGUGUUCGUCGGACGAACUGCUGGGGGUUCCAGAGCUGCCGUCGCAGGUGCGGCGACUCAAAUCCGUCGUGGGGUCGCCGCACUACGUCGCCCCUGAAGUGACUCAAAAGUGUCAUUUUGGUUAUGACGGACGCAAGGCAGACAUGUGGUCGCUUGGUGUGAUCUUGUACACCAUGCUCGUGGGGGGGCUUCCCUUUGGCAAGGACUUGACCCAGUGCCCGCGCUUUGCCCACUUUACGGCGUGGAUCACGGACGGCGACCCGUUGUUGUCCCCGUCUGGCCGCCACAAGUUUCCGGGCUUUUUAUUUCCCCCGUCCAUCGGGCCAGACGCCCUCCGGUUGCUCUGUAGCCUCCUCCACCCCGAACCCACAAAACGAUGUACGUGUGCCGACGCGUUAAAGUCGUCGUGGUUGGUGCAGUCAUAGACAAAGUAAUAGUAGACAAAAGUAGUAGUCGUAGUAGCAAAAUUGUGAUAAUUCAAUACUAAUUAGAUUCAUUUACCGCCUCAAUCAUUUUGUGGCUUUCGUCGACUGUUACGCUGGAAACUUGGUCGUCGCCGCUUGACGUCGAACAACUCCAUGGACUCGCCCAUUGACUUUCGUUGCGAUCAAUAUGAUAG